AUGUUGAAACUCAUUUGUGGAGAUAUCCUGAAAGUUUUAAAGCAGCUCCUACUCUUUAAAACGUGGAAAAAGCUGGAGGAAAACGAGUGGAAAAUAGAGUACUUGAUACCUAGUGCAUAUUCUGAUGGCUCUCACCAUUCUUCUUGUGCAGAUCAUAUAUUUGAAAAAGUGAAUCCUGAGAUGGAAAAGCUGGGAUACGAGUGCAAGUGCCUUGGAGGAGGGAAAAUUGAUCACAAUAGCAAAGACAAGAAAAUCAGGGUAUUUGGGCUCUCUACAGGCUAUGGAAAAGCAGAUCACUCAGUGACUGUAGAGAUACUGAAGAAAGUGUAUACAGACUAUGAAAUUACAUGGUCAGAUGACAAGAAAUAAACUGUGAACACAAUGAGCAGUUCAAAACUCCUAACUGUGAGCUGUACUUUGAUUAUAAAUAAAAGUUCAAUGUGUCCAUGUAUGUAGGCAUAAAUCUGGAGUAACUGGACUCUGCAGUAAUUUAUAAUACUGUCAUUAAUCCCCAGAGAUACCUCAGUUUUCAUUCCUUUGUGCAGAAUAUGUAGUUCUAAGCCUUUUCCUCUCCUUUUGAUGUGCUGUCUAAUUAAACACUUCCACAUUAUCUGA